AUGAGGGGAAUGUUCUCUAACAAGUGGAUGUCAUUUGUAUGUUUCUCAAUCUUAUUUGUUGCAUUGAAAUCGGAUUUGGAGUACGUGUCUGCCCUGAAAUUACUACGUGCACCUCCUCAAACUUCAUUGUUUUUAGAAAAGCUUAUUGAUGACGGUUCGGAUAUUCCUAAAGAUCCCAUAGAUACAGAUAAGGAGGAGUCACAGUCCUCAUUGUUUAAAUUUAAUUUAAAUUUAUUUAAUAAAAAAAGCAUAUGGGAAGCAGACGAAAAAUUUGUUAUUACCCUUGCGAAGUCAAGAUUGAAUGUUAUUUUAGCGCAGAAGUUGGAUAAAUUUUUGGCUAAAACAUGCAAGAUUUAUACUGUAGAUUCUGAACAUUCAGCUUGCAUUAAUGAUAUCAAAAUAUACGCCCAAAAAUGUAUUGAAAGCAACGACUUAAACUCUUGUUAUGUUAUUCCAAUUCAACCUAUUGCGAAACUGCCUACUUCACGACUUUAUGGACUUGUUCCACACGUCUUGAAUUUUUCUAUUUUAAUCUUCACGAAUUUGAGAUCAAAUCUUGAUAGAUAUUAUAUUGAUGGGUCUAAGGAUUGGUUUUCACACAUAUUCAUGAGAUUGAAACGUUUUUUUGGAAUUAGAAAUAAGCAUUCUUACUUUUCCGACAAUCGUUUGAUGAAUAAAAUAUUCUCUCGUACCUCAACUACAUUUGGACCGGAUCGAAGUGAUUCUCUGUUAAGCAAUUAUAUCAAGUUUGGAGCCAUUGAAUAUGCUAUACUUUUGAACACACGUUCAAACUUAGUUAAAAUGAUUUUGUCAAGCUUUGCUCAUAUUAAAUUUGUGCGCAAGAGAUUAUAUAAAUUUUAUACGAAUAAGUGGAAGUCUAUUGAAGGAUUAGUUACUCGCGGACAUUUGAAACCUGUUGAUCUUUCGAAUAAUCCUAUUUCUGACAAUAUAUUUAAAUACUUUGGAAAGUUCUCUAAUAAUACAAAUCUAAGCAACGCAAUUGCAGGUGCUUUUCUUGAUCAUUACAAGAGUUUGUUCAGUAAUUCAACCGACGUGAAUGGCGAAGGGUCUAGUGGCGAAGGGCCUAGUGGCGAAGGGUUUAAUGGCGAAGGGUCUAGUGGCGAAGGGCCUAGUGGCGAAGGGUUUAAUGGCGAAGGGUUUGAUGGCGAAGGGCCUAGUGGCGAAGGGCCUAGUGGCGAAGGGUUUAAUGGCGAAGGGUUUAAUGGCGAAGGGCUUAAUGGCGAAGGGCCUAGUGGCGAAGGGCCUAGUGGCGAAGGGCUUAAUGAAUGGAACGGCUUAAUGAAUGGAACGGCUUAA